UUAAGCCAAGGUUAUACAUUUUAAAUUCCGCUAUAAGUAUUCUGUUAAGGUCAAUGCCUUACAGAACUGACUCCACCAAAUAAAUUUGGUUUCAUUGAGGAACAAAGCAGAAAAAAACAGCAACAUUAAGGAAAAUGUUUGCGUACUACACUGCACUGCAAAGCUAGUCUUAUCCACGUAACGACCCAGACUUACAACCUAGAGAAUCGACCAAACUAGUCGACAUUGCAUGUCAUUGGCUUCGCCAUUGACGGGGCUGACAAGGCAACGCGCAACAAAUUAAAGCAGGUCAGCAUGCGAAACUCAUACUCGCAAGCGAGUCGUCCCGCUAAAGGAAUUUCGACAUUGGCCUCGAAGACAACAGCUGCGAAAUGAGCGCCAGUAAAAUUUUUCUGCGCUACUAUCCGCCAGGUUUGGCAUUGAGCUAUGGAACAGCUACGGGCGGUGAACGGCUACGACAUUUUGAUUUACUCGACUUGGAUAUCAAAACAAAUGUGGAGGAGCUAGCAGAUAGCGUAAUGGUCCAGGAACUGGAGGCGAUUGAAUCGGAGCGUGGCCAGGGAGACGUUGCUGCAGAUAAUUCCACAUUCUGCCUGCCCGCCAAUUCCAAAGCCUCCAGCUCCCAGGACAUGUUCAGCGCACUGAAGCAGGCAAUAGUCAAGCUACAAGCCAAAUUAAACGAACCGAUUAAAAAGAAGUUCUAUCUGCAUAAAUCGUACACUUCGCACAUACUGCCGCUGACCAACGUGUGCUUUGAUCGCAGCGGUGAGCGCUGCUUGACGGGCAGUUACGAUCGCACCUGCCAUGUGAUCAACACCAGCACCGGUCAGCUGCAGCAUAUGCUCACCGGCCAUGACAAUGUGGUGUUCUCAGUGGGCUUCAACGUGCCGCGCUGGUAAGUUGUAAGUUGUAGUGAAACUAUUAAAUGGUGCAUAAUACUUGCGGGUUUUAGCGACAAGAUCAUCACGGGCUCUUUUGAUGGCACUGCCAAGAUUUGGUCCGCAAGCAGCGGGCAGUGCCAGUUCACGCUGUAUGGCCACACAGCUGAAGUGGUGGCUGCCGAAUUUAAUCCUGUGCAUGACCAGGACGUUGCAACGGCCUCUAUUGACGAAACGGCACGCAUCUUCGACGCGGAAACCGCGCAGGAGCUGCAGCAGUUGAGCCACCACGGCGCCGAGGUGAUAUCGGCACGAUACUCUCGCGACGGCCAGCUCUUGCUGACGGGCUCGUUUGAUCACACAGCUGCAAUUUGGGAUACGCGCAGUCAGAGCCACUGUCAUCAACUGCGCGGACACACUGCAGAAUUGUCCAACUGUGUUUGGAAUUUCAGCAGCUCAUUGGUUGCCACCGGCAGCCUGGACCGCACUGCACGCAUUUGGGAUUUGCGUCGCCUGGACCAGGAGCUGCAUUUGGUAUCCACGCACAGCGAUGAAGUGCUCGACUUGAGCUUCGACGCGGCUGGCAAAAAACUGUCCACCUGCAGCAGUGACUGCACAGCGCGUGUUUGGAGCCUGGAGCCGUUCGAGAUGCUGUCCCUUAUGGCCGGCCACAGCGAUGAAGUGAACAAGGUGUGUUUCAGUCCUAGUGGUUGCAUGCUCCUCACUGCCUCGGCGGACAACACGGCACGCCUAUGGCUGACUAAGACGGGGCAGUGCUCCCAGGUUCUGAGCGGUCAUGAGUCGGAGGUAUUUAGUUGUGCCUACAGUUAUGCGGGGGAUGCAAUAUUAACUGCCUCCAAGGACAACACUUGUCGUGUUUGGAAGUGAUACGACUGGUACACUGUGCAGCUUAACUCCGACUAAAUAACAUGAAUAAUUUCAAAUGAUUUCUUUUUUUUAACAUUUACUACAAACUUGGGAGUUAUUUCUUUUUUGUUUUGCUUUAAGUUUCUUAAUAUUCCAUUUUGCACAUUUCUUACAAAAUAAUAGUUUUUCUUUUCCAUUACAGUUUUUCUUUUUUACUUAUUUUUUUGUUUUUUUGUUUUUAAAUUGGGUAUCUUCAUAUACAUAUAUAAAAAUAAUGAACAAAAAUGAUCCUUCAGUAACAAACAUUAUACAGCUUUCAAAAGUCCGCUUCGGUUCGGAAUCAAUAGUAUAUUAAUACACAGUUUGAAAAUUUAAAUAAAAAACUUCUUGUACAGACACCUUCCGAGCGACUUUCUAAGACAUGGAAAAAAUAGUAUUUGUAUUGAUUUUUUUUUUUCGUUUUUUUUUUUGGUAAAUUUUUUACACAGCUGAACUUUCUAUACAGUUCGGAGGCGGGAAACAAAGGCGAGUCAACAGUUCUUCUGAAUUCAUAAUAAGUAUGAGGUGACACGGAAAGUUUAGAUGACCACUGACUAACAUGGAGUUAUCCAUAUGGUAUCGCUAUUGUAUCUAUACUUGUAUUUGUAUCUCUAGUAACAAUUGUAGUAUGUAGGUAGUUAGAUAAGGAAAGUUGUCAGCGUGUGAAAUAUUGUGUUGGCUUUCAGCCAAACCCUGUUUGAUUCGAUUCUAUUUUGUGGUAUCGGUUUUUAGCUCUGAGGUCUGCUUAAGUUCGCUCCUUUCUAUAAGUACGAUCUAAAUAAGAUCUACGUAA